ACGACGGCCGUUUGCAGCGGCGCGUUUGAAAGCGCGGGCGAUUUGUAGCGGCGGCGGCGGCGGCUCUUGCCGGGUGUGGAGGGGGGAAGCUCGGCGUCUGUCUCCGUCCUGUCCUGUCCUGGCCGCCGGAGCCCCGGCAAGCAAAUGUUCGGGAGAUGGAUGGGUCGGAAUACAUUGUUAAGGUGCUUUCGAGGUUUCGAAUGGGUGAUUUCCCCAACUUCUUGAAAUCCUGGGAUAUUUUGUCUGAAAGACAACUUCAAAGCGUGGAAUUCACCAGAAACACGAGAAAAGACCUAAUUUUGCAGUUAGCUGCACUUUGCAAGAAUAUUGGAGUAACUCUCACACAAGUAGCAGAUUUAGAAAUUAUUUAUAAUUGUAGGUAUCCUCAAAAAAGAAGAUGGGGUACCUAUCAAAUGUUUAAUUCAAAUGGUGUAGAAGAAGCAACAUUAUUUGACUUUGACGUCUUCAGAAAGAAGUUUAAAAAAAAUCUCAAAAUGCUCAUAAGAAAUAUCAUGGUUAACAUCGUAGAACAUGGGGACGCUGUGUGGAUCAGAAUUGCUUGGGGUAAACGGCAUUCCCCACCUAACCAGCAAAGAGCUUCAUUUGCGGUCUACUACCCACAGACUCCUUAUGUUUUCAUGGCUAAUCUUGCUGCACAGUUCAGAGUGUAUGUUUCUCAGGCUCUGGUUGUUGCAACUGAACACGACAUGCUCAAGGAGUUGGAUCUUCGAGGUCAUUGCUUGUAUUCCCUCCGAGAUAUCGCUUUUAAAAGAUUUAACCCGGCGCUAUCUGUACAUCACAGGAAACCUCUACAACAGCUAAACUCCAGCCAGGACUCUGCACAAGAUGAGAGGAUAUCUGUAGAACAUCUCAGAGAGAAAGAAGAGGCCAAAAGAUUAACGACGGCAGCAUUUGGAGAAGGAUCACUACCAACACUGGAGGUGGUUCACUACAGGCUGCAAACUGCCUUUAGGGAUGAACGCAACACAGAGACUUUAUCAGACAGAAAGAAACCAUUCCGUUGUGUGGCAAAAUUUUCUAGUCCAAAUGUUCUUGAGUCAUUGAGAGCACUACCAGAAUUGGGGAUUGCUGAUGUUCCCAUUUCAACCAUGUUCAGCAGCAUUCCAGAAAAGGGGAAAAAUUAUUUCAAGAUAACAGACAAAAGGACUGCUGGGCAUAAUUCAUCAGCCCCUUAACUCUGGUUUAAGUCCAAGGGUAUUCUGUAAAUACUUGUAUGUUUCCAAUGGAAAAAUCUGUUCUCCUGUGUUGUAAUAUGCCUUUUGAUAGCCCCUGUGUGUUAACCAAAAUUUUGCACAUCAUGAAUUAAGUGAAUCUUUUGAGAUUAAUAACCUGAGGAAAGCAGUUCAUAAAUUCCUUUUUACUGGCGUAAUGUUUCUUGUGGGAACAGUUUAUUCAUUUGAAGGCGAGGUUUUUUCCCCUACUCUUGGGUUCCCCUUGGCACAAGCAAGAUAGUGUGGUAUUUGAGGUUAGAGGUAAAUAGCCCAUUGAAAUAACUGUUCAGACUGGGUGUGUAAUAGUGCUUGUUCCAGGUUCGAGGACCUGUCAUCAUAAAUCAUUCCCACCCCAAAGGAGUAACAUUUGUUACUGAUAUAAACUUCAAUUAAAUGAUUGCCUUGUAGUUCAUAGCACACUAAUCAUUCUAGAGACUUAAGCACAAAAAUCUAGGCAGACAUGUCAGUGCAAUGCUAAGCGAGUUAUGUAUUGUUUGGGGUGCCUUCUUUUAAAUAAAACUAUAAACAGAAUCUGUGCUCAGCAAAUGGAAAAGAUCCCGUGGCUGCUCUUUUGAGAAAUACUGGGGAAUAAUUCCCAGUGGACGAGCUAACCCCUCACUUAUCAGCAUCACUUUUUUUUUUAAAAUAAAACCUGAUCAUUUUGACUUGGGCAUUCAUGGGAGCUUGCUGGAUACAAACUUGGCUUUUGGUCCCUAUUGCAAAGGUUGUGUUUUUGUGUGUUCCUCAUUAGUUCAAAGCCCUCUGGGACAUAGUGACCUUGCUGUCACUAUGAAAUCGUUAUUUUUCUGAGAAUGUACCUGUAUUUGCAAAUGUUCUUCCACCAACCUAUCCUUCCAAAUCACAAUGCUUGAACCUUCUCUGAAAUUAAUUAUUAAAUUUGGCAUUCUUGCAUCUUCCACCCUUAAAAAUAAUGAAACAUCCUCUGCCCUCGUAAUCUUAACAAUCAGAUUCAAGUAAGGAGCAUUGUAGUAGUACUUCAGUCAUGCACGAUGACCUGACCUAUUGUUGAAUGGUGAUAUUUUACAGCUGCUUUAUUUUAAAUGAAUACUUCAUUGGUCUCCAGGCCAGUCAUAUUUUCAGUAUCAUUGAUUUUAAACUAAUUUAGUUAAUCUACAAUUUUAGCUGAAUUAAGAAAAUCAAUUCUCUUGGUUUUUAAAUAUUUUUCCUGGCUUCAGCUUACUUUUGCAAUGGUGUCUGAUUGUACUUUAUCUACUUUUGAUUUUAAGAUCACCAAAUGAUGAUGUUCCAUGAUUUUUUUUCCACUAAUCUACCAAUUUUUUCUCUUCCCCCGUCUCCCCUAAUUUUCUGACAGCAUUUUUAAGCUAGACUCUUGUGAAAUUCAACAUACUAGCAUCAGUGCCUUAGGACAAUUUAUAUUUAGAUAUUGAACAAUAACUGGAGAAUUGGGACAUUCAAUCAAAGCUUUACUGCCAUGGAAUUUUCUGCUUACAGAAACUCUAAGUCAGUAGAUUUGGGGGAAUAAAUGGUUGCAUGCCAUUUCAAUUCUGCCUGCUGUCAAACUCUGAAUUUGUGGGUUGGAAUGUAAUUGACUACAGUUCAAAUUUGUGAUUAGAAAGAAAGCAGACAGUUUAAGAGAAUAAUGUGUAUUAGGAAACAUUCCCUCCACCCACCCCCACCCCACCCCAAAUAAAAAGCCUUUAUUUUUGAGUUUAAUGUUAAAUAGCAGAUUUUCUGCACAUAGAAUAAUUCUUUGACUAGUUAGUGGAUCUCAACAAAAAGUAAUCAGUACUUGAAUCUACUAUUUCCAAACUUGUCAUGCAAGGUACGCCCGGCGUGAUUUACUUUUUUUUACCAUGUUGAAUGGGAUUCUUGUGUUUAAUUUUUGAUGGAAGCCAUGCAAAUGCUGAUUUUGUGAACUUUUGUCCUGUGGCUAUCCAUGCUUUCUAGUCUUGGCACUGAAUAGGAUGCUAUUCAGUUUCCAUAAGAAUAACAGCUGAGUUCAGCACAGUUCAUUCAAUGUGCUGAUAGCAAUCCAAAAUGGAACCUCUACAAUUUGUCUUUUUAAUUCUUGGCUUGAAGGCAAUUUGCAAAUAUUACUAACUGUACAAGCUGAAGAAAUGACCCUGGUCCUCCCUUGUUCACUGCUUGGAUUACUUUGUGCAUCAGUUAUGAUAUUGGACAUAAAGUCUCUAUUGAUGAAAAUCUAACUGGACCACCUUGAUAAAGCUUUUUUAUAUACAGUCUGAAACAUUAAUUGGAGCAAAAGUGAUGCUUAAUUUUCCUUCUACUUUUGAGGUUGAACUGAAAUCCAGUUUGGCUUGUCUGUUCUGACUAUACUUUAAAGUAUUGUUAAAAUUAUUGAAAUUAUUUGCAUGAUAAGCCUUUGGAUAAUAAAUUCUUGUGCUUGCUUGA